AUGAUCCUUUCUCGAUAUUUUGAUCAAGGGAUAAAAGAAAUUAUCGUAGAACGAUUUCAUAAGGCAUUCUCAAAUCAAAACAAACGCCUAUUGGUAUUCAUUUCGCGCCAUGAUUUACUCGAAUUAGAACAAACUCGAUAUGCAUUCGAUUUUGCAUUCGAAAGUUUAAAUAAUAAAACACUCACUUCAAUUUUCUCAGUUGAUUCAACACAACCAAAAGGAACAAUUGGUCCUAACAAAUCAAAAUUUGAAGGUUUAAGACUUUGUCAUGGUGGUGUUUGGCAUCAAAGAUUAAUAAACGAUCCCAUACAAUAUUUUUGUUGGGGUAUUAAUUCUGAAGAACAAGAAGCGAGAAUUUAUAUAUAUGACACUAAAACGAAUCAACCGUACAGCAAAGCAAGUUUUGUUACAAACGGCAGAUUAUUAACUCCUGUAGGCCUAGAUACAUGUGAAUCUACUAAAGGAUGGUGGUAUGCACCACUUUUACCUAAAAAUAAAAAACGAGCACCGAUGGUUAAGUUUACAGGAAGAAAUAAAAUAAGUGAAAAUGGAGCUUCGAAUAUAACAGGAAAAUUUAAAAGUAUUUCCAUAAAAGCUAGUUUUUUAUUAGUUUCUUUAGAAGAACCGAAAUUUGAUAAAUCAGAUAUUGGUGUUAAAUAUUUACUAAUGGAAGGUG